UUAGCAAGUGAAAACUAAACCUUCGAUGCUGCAGAAAUACAACGGUGGCAGUCUUGAAUUAGAGAUUAAAAGAGGAAAGUUCACCCUUCGUUUUAAUAACGUAGGUAUAGCUGCAAAUAGUUUAUCAGUAGGGAUAUAGGUCUUCCUAGUUUUAAUUUAAGUGCAUAUGUAGAGAAUCUUCCAGGCCUGCUGGAUUCUGUCUUAAAUAUCAAAUAUGUCAACAACAUUUCGCACAACAGGUCGACAUGGAUAUGGUAUAAAGUUCUCUCCCUUUUUCCCAAAUCGUCUGGCUUGUGCUACUUGUCAGAAUUAUGGAAUUGCGGGAAAAGGUUCGCUUUAUAUUCUUGAAGAAACUCCUAGUGGCUUGCUGCAAUCGGUUUCUAUAUCUGAUUGGACAGAUGGACUGUAUGAUGUCACUUGGAGUGAAUUAAAUAGUAACAUUGUUGUCACUGGAAGUGGAGAUGGAUCAGUCCAAAUAUGGGACACUGGGAAUCAUCAGCAUCCUGUGGCAGUUUUGAAAGAUCAUGAGAAAGAGGUUUACAGUGUUGACUGGAGUCAGACACGAGAUGAACAACUUCUCCUUACAGCUUCCUGGGAUAAAACAGUAAAACUGUGGGAUCCCCAGACUACAGUUUUACUAAACACAUUUGUCGGACAUACCAGUGUUGUUUACUGCUGUGUGUGGGCUCCAGUUCUAAAAGGAUCCUUUGCAUCUGUUUCAGGGGAUGGCACUUUGAGAGUUUGGAGCACCCAAAACCCUGCACAACCAAACUUGACCAUUGCUGCUCAUGAUUCUGAGAUACUUAGCUGUGAUUGGUGUAAAUAUGAUAAGAAUAUCAUAGUUACGGGUGCUACAGAUGGACAGAUUAGAGGUUGGGAUCUUCGACUUACCCGACAACCACUAUUUCAGCUCACAGGACAUACUUAUGCAGUUCGGAGAGUAAAGUUUUCUCCUCAUGUGGAUUCCUUAUUAGCCUCUGUGUCAUAUGAUUUUUCAACAAGACUUUGGAAUUGGAAGGUUUCUCCAUCAGCACUCCAUGUAUUGGAGAACCACACUGAGUUUGUAUAUGGGCUGGAUUUUAAUGCCCAUGUUAAUAACCAACUCGUUGACUGUGGAUGGGAUGAACUCAUACAAAUGUAUAGACUGCACUUACCACCAAAUACAUAGUCCAUUUUUUUCAACUAUUAGCUAUGGGUUUCUAAUUGUUAUUUAAAUGACUUUUUUUAGCAACUAAACUAUAGGCCAUGGAGUAUGUUAAUAUCAUGUUAAGAGUUCAUGAAUCUGUUUUGGAGUUCAGUGGGAUUUUUAGAAUGUUAUAUAAUAGGCUAAUUUAUAAAAAAAACAAAUAAGAAAAAAAUUUUGCAGGUUAAGUUCUAUUCAAGCAAAUGUUAAUUAAUAGCAAAUUCUUAGUUGAUUAGUACAUUAAUAUAGACUAUACAAUUAGUAGUUUAUUACUCAAUUUUCUUAUCAAGAAAACAAAACUUAUUAAGUAUAUAAAUACCUGUUUAAGGAAGUCAACAGAUUGUCUUACUGAAUAGUAGAGAAAGCAUGUUGUGCUGCCGACUUUGUACAUUAGUUGUUUAAAAAUGUCUACGUUUUUGCAAUCCCAGAUUCCCAAAGUCAUUAAGUGCUGGUAAACUAAAGGAAGGUAAAUUCUGUUAAGUGAAUACAUCACUCUGAAAGUGAGAAUGUUCAUUGGAUUUUCUUUUUAACUUUAAUUCAAUUCUGCCCUCUAUAAAUUGUAACAUUUUUUUAUAAAAUUGUUAGCAUUAUAAUUUUCAGUACGUUUUGUUUUGUUUACCACGUUGUUGCUCCAGUAACAUUUUUAUACUAAGAUUUGUAUUGUUUUAAGAAAGGUUUCAACACAAAGUGAAAUUGAAAACGGCAAUUUGUUAACUUUAGUAUGAAGUGAAAUACAUAUUCUCUGUAAUAUUAAGUUCAUAAUAAAUAUUCAUAUUAGAAAAACA